AUGUAUGUAUACAAACACAUUACGUCAAAGCAACCAACACAUACUCCUAAAAAAGCCUCUUCUAUACAAAAGGCCCAGAGACGUUUUCGCAUUCCUUGAUAUCCGCAACAUUUGAAUGGUUAAAAAACAACAACAAAUAAAGAAAAAUACACUCUGUGCCGCUUCUGAUUGUUUGCUUGCAUACACACGCACACGUCCAAAUAAAUCUAAAUCGGUUGUAUGUCCAAAUUGUGUGUGUGUGUGAAACGGGGUAAAGAAAAAAAUCUAAAAAAUUCACGUGAGAAUUUUAAUUAUAUGUUUAGUGAAUAUUUGAAGAAAUUCCUGAAGUUUUUGCCAUUCUUUGAAGAAUGGAAGAAGUGAUUCAUUAUAUGCUAAAAAUGCAUAUUUAAAUAACAGCAACAAUUAUAAACAAAACAUCGAAAAUUCAACCUUAAUUCUGGGAUUAGCAGUCAACAUCAACAGUACGGCAGUCAAACGAAUAAAAUUAAUUAUUUUUAAAUGCAAUGAAAUCAUCGGAAAUGUUUAAAUAAAUGCAUGUGCAAAAGAGAAAUAUCUGAUCUGUGAUUAUAACUAACAAACUGAGUGCGGUGAACGGCAAUGAGUCUCAGUUAAAAUUGUGAGUGUGUGUGUCUGUGUGUGAAUGAGAAAGGAACCAGCAAUACUCAGUCAACGAAACCAUCAUCACAUGCUGCACGUCAUAAUUGAAUUCCAUUACAACUGAUUUGAUAGAGCAACAACAACAAUUACAUGCAAUUGUUAAAAACAUCUCAACACACACAAACAAAAGCGAAGAAACACAGACACUUGAGUCUUUCGUACUACAUCUUCUCGUAUGUACAAGUGCAUGAGAAAAAAAUGCAUCAAUUAAAGUGAAAUUAAAAAAAAAUACAAAUACUUGUACAUCUCUGUGCUGGUUUUAAAAUUAAUUGAAAUUGAAACAAAAAAAAAAAGAAAAUAAUUACAAGAAAAUAAAUGAGUAGGUAGCAAACCGAAAGAAACUCGUAAAUUACCACCUUCAAAGCCUUGUAUGUAAAUAUAAGAUUCCGCAAUGGAAGGAUUUUCUUUAAGAAUUUAAUUGAGUGAAAAAAGAAAAAAUAAAAAGCUGUGGCAAAAGUAACCACUUAAAGCCGAGGAGGCGGCUUUUACAAAAGCAUUCGUUGUAAACAAAAACAUUAAAUGCUUGGGAGUCUUGGAGAAAGAAAAUCCCUAAGAUUUGGAAACAUUUAACUAAACUCGAUAUUGACAAACUGUAUAUACGCUUUUUGCUGAAAGAAUUUGUAAAGCAUCUUUGUGGUCCAUCUUUCUUGACUUUUGGCAACAUCUGAUCUGAUCUCUAAUAUCAGAAUUUUAAGCCACAUUUUGUGAGCCUACAAUGGCAGUAUCCUGCCCUGAAGUAAUGUACGGUGCUUAUUAUCCAUAUUUAUAUGGCCGUGCUGGACCAAGUCGCUCGUUUUACCAAUAUGAAAGGUUCAAUCAAGAUUUGUACUCAUCGUCGGGUGUGCAGUUGGCCUCGUCCAGCGCAUCGGGAAGUUCACAUUCACCCUGCAGUCCCAUACUACCGCCCUCGGUGAGUGCUAAUGCAGCGGCAGCCGCAGUGGCUGCUGCGGCGGCUGCAGCACAAACGGCCAAUCAUGCCUCCUCCUCAUCUAGUUUAAGUGCAAAUUUACCCUUAAGUGCGGGUAGUAGUGGAAGUGCCGGUGCAGGGGGUGGUGGAGGAGGGCCCAGCGUUGGAGGUGGCGGUGGUGUUGGAGGCGUUCUAGGUUCAAAUCUGGCUGGAUCGGUGGUGCAUGGCGGCGCGACGGGAGCGAGUCUCAUGGGUCCAACAAAUCUUGGCAAUACGCUGCACAGCAGUAGAACACAUACCAAAGAAGAAGAUCUGGGAGCGGUGGCGCGUAAUGAGGCUGAAGCACGCUUAGUUGGUGGCCACCAUCAUCAUAAUGAGUCAUCUUGUUCCUCGGGUCCCGAUUCUCCGCGUCAUCAUUCAAUGCAUCCGAGUGGAGGUGGCGGCGGUGGUCCUGGGCCCAAAGACAUGCCCCUGGAUUCUGCGGCCAAUCUGAACGCCGGUCAAGGGAGAGCACAGUAUUUAUCAGCAACCUGCGUCGUAUUUACAAACUAUUCCGGUGAUACAGCGAGUGUGGUGGACGAACAUUUCUCCAGAGCUCUCAAUAGUAGUAAAGAUACCACAACUCCUAUGUCCACGCGAAACUUCCCACCUUCAUUUUGGAACAGUAAUUAUGUGCAUCCUGUAACAGCCACCACACAUCCUCAGAUGAGUGAUUUGUAUUCGUCGGAGGGUGGCUAUGCCACGGACCCCUGGGUACCCCAUGCAGCGGCCCAUUAUGGCACCUAUGCCCAUGCCGCUCAUGCCCAUGCGGCCCAUGCUCAUGCCUAUCAUCACAAUAUGGCCCAGUAUGGUAGUCUUUUGCGUCUGCCUCAGCAAUAUGGCCAUAGUUCAAGACUGCAUCAUGACCAACAAACGGCACAUGCGCUAGAAAGUGCUGCCGCUUACUCCAGUUACCCCACAAUGGCCGGUUUAGAAGCGCAAGUGCAAGAAUCCUCAAAAGAUCUUUACUGGUUCUAAAACAUGCCAAGUCAUAGUGCCAACCUCCAGUUCGAUAUUGUAACGAGCUAUGAUCGAGGCAAGGUAUUACCUUAAAGAUGUUUGGAAUUUAACCUAGGCAACAAAUUUUCGCUGGUUCCAAACA